AAAAUUCCCAGCAAACAUGGAGGGAGAGAGAGUGUUAGCUUGAAACACCCAACUGCCACCAUUUACUCAGGAUCUGCCAAUGUUUUGUGAUUGACUAUUUUUUUUUUCUUUCUGGAUUUUCUUAAGGGUUUCCAAGCCAUUUCCUUUGAGUGACGGGGAUGUUUGGAGACGUGGUCGUCUUGGAUUAUAAUUGUGUGAUUUGCAGAGUGAAAGGCAGUACACCUGAAUGUUAGCUCUGGGCUGAGGAGCUCUACGUGGCUAUUAAACAAAGCCAUUUCCUGCUGUAUUAAUUGUCUUAUUUUCAGGGGUGCUGAUGUCCCCACCUUUUGGGCCGUUUGUAAGGAGCUCUGAAUUGCUGUAUAAACAUAAUGAAAUAUGGUUGAAUUUCGUUAUUCAAAAUGCUCAUCAGAGAUUAAUCUUCCAUUUGAUUUUCAAAGUAUUAUGGCCAGUGUCAAAACUAGCUUUAAAAGAAGAAAAAACAGAGAUGGAGGUGGACUGUGCAGAUAGCGGCUUGCUGGAGUCCUUCCGUUUUAUCAGCUGGAUGUUUCCUGUGUUCAAGGUGACUGCCGAGGUGGGAAAGCUCCUGGGAGAAGAGAAGGUGGAUGCGAUUCUCUGUGUGGCUGGAGGAUGGGCCGGAGGCAAUGCCAAGUCCAAGUCUCUCUUUAAAAACUGUGACCUCAUGUGGAAGCAGAGCAUGUGGACGUCCACCAUCUCCAGCCACCUGGCCACCAAGCACCUCAAGGAUGGAGGCCUCUUGACGUUGGCUGGAGCCAAGGCAGCCUUGGAAGGGACUCCUGGGAUGAUCGGCUAUGGCAUGGCCAAGGGCGCCGUCCACCAGCUCUGCCAGAGCCUGGCCGGGAGGAACAGCGGCAUGCCGCCUGGGGCCGCUGCCAUUGCUGUGCUGCCGGUUACCCUGGAUACGCAGAUGAACAGGAAAUCAAUGCCAGACGCCGACUUCAGCUCCUGGACACCCUUAGAUUUCCUGGUUGACACUUUCCAUGACUGGAUCACAGGGAAAAACCGACCGAGCUCAGGAAGCCUGAUGCAGGUGGUCACCUCGGAGGGAAGGACGGAGCUCACGCCAGCGUACUUCUGAACUUCUGUCGUCCUGUCCGUGGUUCGGGAGAGCGGGUCCUGUCUCCCUCUCACCUGACGUUUUCCUGUUCCCCCAGGAUGGUGUACUGUGUUCAUGUAAAAUAAAACUGUGUGUGUGCAAGC